AUCAUCACAGACUGAGACAGUGAGUGAGACAGAUGAAAGAAAAUGGUGAAUAAACAAGGGGUUUGGCCACAACAUAUUUUAGUGUUAACGCAUUAGAAAAGUGUCAAUAUUUUUAACUAACGACGUUAGAUUUUUGUCCAUCUAAAAAAUGUAGUCAUAACAUUACAUAUAUUUAUUCGAGAGUUUGUAUGUUCAGAUUUUAAACUUAACGUGAUUUGUAUAUGUUGGGGUUAUAAAAGAUUAAAAAAUGUUUAGUAAGAAACUUCAUGCUGACGUGAAGAAAUCAACCCAGAAAAUACAAGAUGUUAAGAAAGAGUCGCCUACUAGAUUCAAGCAUUUAAGAAUAAUUUUAGAAAAUGUGGACCUGGAAGAAGCCAAAGUCUUCUUUGAUGCAAACUUCAGUCACAUUUACUACAUAUUUUAUGAUAACUUCAUCAUCGCUGAGACAAAUUUGAGGCAGAAAGAGCUACCGUUCCAUUUAGUACACAAGGCCCACCGAGAGGAAUUGGAAGCAGUGCUGCUGACACUGGACAAGAUCCUGACGUUGUGCCCGGAGCUACUGUCUCGUCGAUGGCAGGUGCACAGUCUCUCCCGUAUCAUCACCAAGCUCCUCCAUCCCGGCAACAGCUGGAAAUUGCGGCGGGAAGCAAUCAGGUUUUUCCUGCUUUGGUACCAAGCUCUAGGAGAGAACGCACCAGAUGCAGUUCACGCUAUGUUUGCUACUCUGGUGCCGGGAUUUCCCAGUCCCAUCCCGGACCAUCCGGGCCUUACGGGACUCACCUACCAGUCUUCGGCAACUGUGUUUCAUGACGUCAGCCAUGGUCCCAUUAGUGCUGCAGAAAUUCAGCCUGUUUUUCCACCUCAAGGAGGCGAAAAACAACCAGAUGAUCCCAUGAAGUUCUUUUUGGAUGCCCUCUUGGAGUUCAUGGUUACUCAGGUGGCUAGAGUUGAAUGGAAGGACAAGAUCUACAAACAACACAAAAGUUUUAUGUUCCUGUUUGAUCGCUUCAAGAUGUAUUAUCUUCCUCACAUGUUUCCCACAUUUUCCCAUGCCACUAGUCUUUAUAAACCAGUCUUGGACUUGGCGCUGUUGAGGCCACGGUUCACCAGCGAGGACAGGAAGCGAGUGGAACCUUACAUCAAUUGUCGGGUUGCUUUCAUCAAGUGGAUCGCCAACUUCACUCAUUCCACCAAGAAAGAUCAACCAGCCCAUCCUUUCGGUAGAUCUGCCAGUGUGACCCCCAGUGAGAGUGAGGGUGAAAGGUCACCCAGCUCGGACCUGCGAAGGGUCAGUGUUGGCACCAGUGUGACACCCUCCAGCAGCCUCACAGUCACAUCGGACGACUCUUCAUCUCUGAUUCCGUUCUUGGCCCAUUCUGACCACUCCUUGAGUGAAGACCCGAAUAUAACAGCCAUCAACAUUGUGAGGGACGUGCUGUACGGAAGUAGAGAGAACGUGAACAUGAUCCACGAAGUGUACCGCCAAGCAUUCCUGCUGAACUUUGCGUACUCUCCAGCUAUCCGUCGAGCCAUCACUGUUUACAAGGACUGGAUACAGAUGAACGUACCUGAAUUACCUCCAUUCAUGCUAGAGCCACUGGACAGUCAUCGUAGUUCUGGUCCCUCUUCCGCAGAGUACAACAGUAUUGAGUCUCCAGAUGAAAGUUCACGGCAGACUAGACUGCGAAAUGACUCCUACAUCGGGGCUGUUCACAAGGAAAAUCUUCUUGUUCGGGCUGGACUUCAGAAUGUACUUCAAGUGUUCAUCACGCACGCGGCCAACGUGUUCCUGCUGGAGAUUAGCCAGGAGUUCUCCGUGCUACUGGAGGAACAAGUGGACACAUGCAAGCGUGUGCUCAACAUCUACAGAUACAUGGUUAUGCAUACCCACAUGGAGGCGAGGACCUGGGAGCAAUUGCUUCUGGUUCUUCUCCAAAUAACAUCUUUAAUAUUGAGUAAAACUCCCCCGAAAAGAAAAGAAGACACUCUUGGUGGAAAAUUAGCCCCUGCAAUAUUUCAAACUCUGAUUGUGACUUGGAUCAAAGCCAACCUGAAUGUGGUGAUAUCAGCAGAAUUGUGGGAUGAAUUUCUGGCUGUGCUCAGCUCACUGACUCAGUGGGAGGAGCUAAUCCGGGAGUGGGCGAAAACGUUGGACACAUUGACACGGGUGCUGACUCGCCAUGUUUACAACCUGGACCUGAACGACUUACCACUUGACCGUCUCAGUGAGCAGAAGUCCAAGCGCCAGAAGAAGAGCGUCUCUCAGCGUGGGUCCGUAGGCACAGACCAGACUCGUGAUAAUGACACUCCCUCUGAGGCAAAACAUACAACAGACUCUGCAUCAGGACCGACAGUAACAUUGAAGAGUUGUGAGAGCUGGCCAGCGCUACGGCGGAGUGCCAGUGAGUCCACAUUGAGCUGGGCCAGGCGACGGCGGCCCUAUAGACGCAAUCACCACGACCAGACCAACACCACACACAUCCCAGUGCUGUCAUCGGGUGUAGAGCAGGAGGUGGCUAGAAUUAUAUCUGGUGCCAGGCCAAGACAAAUGGUAAACGGCAAGUCCAGGUCAAUGGAUUCCAUCGCUCACCUGUCAGGAGAUGGCAGUGCCUAUUUUGAUCCAGAACUGUCCAGGUCACCCUCGCCAGCUCCUUCAAGUGGCGUGGAGAGCAAUUCAUUUAAAGAAUCCCCGAUGCAGAUUGACAUGCUUAGCUCAGAUGGUACAAAUAUUGAUGUGACGGAGGGUGACAGACGCUCGGUAAUGUCCGGGGGCUCGGUGCGGGGCUGGUUGCCGGAUGUGGCAGUUGUGUUAUGGCGGCGCAUGUUGGGAGCAUUGGGAGACAUCAACGCCAUUCGAGACCCUGCCUUGCAUGCCCAGGUCUUUCAGUACCUCGUAGAACUUGUGGAGACACUGACCAAGAUCAAGUUAAAUCAAGGAGUGCCAGGAGAUAAUCAAGCAACACCUCCUCUACCAGAGUUAGUUCCUCCAAUCACCCUGGUGGCGCCGUGGUGUUUCCAGGCACUGAACCUGUCUGAUGCAUUCCACAGAGGCAAGCUGUUUGCCUACAGACUGUUGUGUAAUAUAGUAUUGUCCAGCCAUGAUGUGCCCCUGCCCCCUGGCCUCCUCACACAGUUCUACAGGGUCGUCCACAUGGCUCUCACUUCUAGCGAUCAGAGUACUGUAAAUACUGUUGUACGAUACUGUGGACCAAGAUUCUUCUCACUACAGUUUUCUGGCUUCUCACUUCUACUACUGGAUUUCAUACAUGCAGCGAACACAGUCGUUUGCUGUCCAGAGCUCAGAACUACUCCAAGAACUGAAGCCAUGUCCAUUCUGGGGACAUUGUUAAGCUUUCCUUCCAUGUUUUUCCAACUACCUCUUCUCCAACCUACUGCCAAAGAGUUUAUGGCAAGACCUGCACCUGAUGCCAAGGAACAUGUGGUGAAGAUUCUGCUGAGGAGUGGAAAGACUGAAAGUUCUGGUGUUGCAAGAUGUAUAGCUCUCUCCAGCUUGGGGAUCUUCAUAUAUCAGCAACUGUCUCAGGUGAACUCCAUGCCUGUCCACCACACCCCCCCCCCUCCUGCUCAUAGUUCAGGAAAGGAGUGGAGAGGUAGCAGGGAAUGUUCCGGGGGGUAUCCAGACUCUCCAGACACUCCGGGCUGGUCUCCCCAAUGUACUGUAACAGCUGUCAAACAUCCCAGUUAG